CCUGAAGGAGGAUUGCGGGGAAUUGUUUUUGCUCGCCAGCGACGUCACAGCCUUGACCCAAACGGUCAUGAAAAUUGUUGAUCCGACGUGAAAUUCAGCUGUCAAGUGAUCCCGCAACAAGCAUUAAACGCAGCCCUCCUGCGAGAGAAUAUGAUCUCAUACAGAACUACAAACCAUCAUGCCUACCUCCGCACAUCCACACCUAGACGAGCAGAAGCUCAAAAAUGUGUAUAUCGGAGCGAUCGAUGCGGGGACCACGUCUUCGAGAUUUUUAAUAUUCGACGGCCUGGGAGAUCCAGUCGCCUCGCACCAGAUUGAGUUUGAGCAGAAAUACCCUCAGCCAGGACACCAUGAGCAGGACCCGAAAGAACUCAUUGACUCUGUUCGGGAGUGUAUUGAGAAAGCGACUGCUGCUUUCGUAGAGCAGGGCCAUCAAGCGUCCGACAUCACCUGCGUUGGUGUCACCAAUCAGCGAGAGACGACAAUUGUUCUUGACAAAGAUACGGGUCAGCCGCUGUACAACGCCAUAGCAUGGCCGGAUACGCGGACGGCAACUUUUGUUCGAGAUCUGAAAGCCAGAAACGGCGCUGAUGAGCUUCAAGACAUCUGUGGCCUGCCACUUUCAACGUAUCCUAGUGCUGUAAAGCUGCUAUGGCUGCUCAACAAUGUGGAUACGGUAAAAAAAAAGUACGACGAAGGGAAGUUAGCUUUUGCUACUGUCGAUACAUGGUUAAUCUGGAAUUUGACUGGAGGCAAGAACGGCGGUCGCUUCGUGACAGAUGUCACAAAUGCAAGUAGGACGAUGCUGAUGAAUCUUGAGACGCGACAAUACGACGACAAACUACUGAAUUUUUUUGACCUCGACCUGAGAAAAAUCAGGCUGCCCGAGAUAGUUCCUUCAGCGGAUGAGAGAGCCUAUGGGAAAAUAACCGAGGGAGCAUUGGAGGGAGUGAGAAUUACGGGAUGUCUGGGCGAUCAGUCCGCUGCUCUUGUUGGUCAGCAAGGCUUUACACCUGGCUCCGCUAAAAAUACAUACGGAACUGGCUGCUUCUUACUCUAUAAUGUUGGAGAGAAGCCAGUAAUCUCCAGACAUGGCCUUCUAGCUACAGUAGCGUAUCAAUUCGGGAAAGAUGCGCCUGCUGUCUACGCAUUAGAAGGCAGUAUUGCGGUGGCAGGCAGCGGAGUAAAAUUCCUCGUCAACAACCUUGGCAUUGGCAGUGACAGCGAGGAAAUAUCCGCAACAGCCGAGUCUGUGCCAGACAAUGGAGGAUGUGUUUUCGUUACUGCCUUCAGCGGACUAUUCGCACCUUACUGGAUAGAUGAUGCGCAAGGAACUAUAUUCGGUAUCACGGCACAUACACAAAAAGGUCACAUCGCAAGAGCAACUCUCGAGGCGACAUGCUUCCAGACCAAGGCUAUAUUAGAUGCCAUGGAGCAGGAUAGUGGACAAAAGCUGGCACGACUAGCUGUAGACGGUGGCAUGUCCAACUCUGACCUGUGCAUGCAGACCCAGGCAGACAUAAUUGGAAUUCCUGUAGUCCGACCGGCAAUGAGAGAGACGACAUCCCUUGGUGCUGCUAUUGCUGCCGGCUUUGCAGUCGGUGUUUGGAAGAAUCUCGAAGAACUCAAGGAAAUCAAUCAGGACGAUCGCACGACCUUCAAACCAAAAAAGUCUGAGGCUGAAAGUGCGACAAUGUAUAAAUUGUGGACUCGGGCAGUGGAGAUGUGCAAGGGCUGGCUUGAAGACGAGACGUUAACUGACGGCCCAUAGACUCAUCCGGAUUUGAAACGUCCCUAGACACUUUGUAUUCAACUUCCCUUUCGACCGAACUCAUAAGAUUCACAAGCUAUUCCUCCCACACAACGGUCCCACCUCUAGUGUUCGAUCAUAUGGACGGCCAAUCUUCUAUCGGUGUUUAGCUCGAACCUCGCUUUCGGCAUUCAAAGCUCGAGCACGUGUCGUCGAUACUGAUAGUAUGAUUUUCGCUGACAUUCGUUUCAUCUCAUAAUAGUAAAGUUCCGAGACAUGCGCACGUUCACUAAGUUGCUUUGCUGGCAAAAAACUAUCUACGGCUGCUGCGACUUCGACAUUAAGGCAACCAUGUUACUGUAUACAGAAUGAACCUUUGGUGGUAAUGCCCGCCGUACUUCGAGUCGCAAAUAUCUGACAAGCAACGGCGAAGAAUCAGUCAGUCAAUCGUUGUCAACCACGAUGGAGACCAUCAUUGUCGAGCCAUACCCAAAAGGAUCAAAAUCCACUUAUUCCGAGAGGGAAUAAAUCGAUGAAACAGACCAAUGACGUGCGCUGUAAGACUUCGUCGAAAAUGAAACACGGCUCAUCAGAUCGUUACUUUUAACUCAUCAAACACAACGUCGAUCUCUUCCUCUAGGAGCCCUUGAAGUUGCUUCUUUUUCAGGUCUUGGGCUUCUCGAUAAGAUUCAGUCUAUGGCUUUAUCAACGCGGUCCUGCAGGCACGACGUAAAUUUUUUUUUUCUCCUGGCGCUCUCGGUUGGUGCCGAGAGAAGGUGACGAGUGCAACGCUUUUGAGGGCUGCUCAAGCGUUGAUCCUAGAAAUUCUCUUCAAUUUUGCUUCGAUCCGGCCGCCUCGGCCCUUAUUUUUCCAGGUCUACCCUUGCAAAAUGCUAUGAACGGGAGAGACGGAUGUAGAAGCCGGUCAGAAGGCCGCUUUGAAGUGUUCUAUGAGAGGUUUUAAGAUCUUAAGAUCACCUGGAACACGCUAACUCAGCUGUCAGUGAUUUUCUGGAAUAAACUUCACGUGUUGUACCAAAACAAAGCCGCACCUUUUACCCGCCCUAUAGAGCAACGAGGCUGAUGCCGCACGGAUUGAUAAGGGACGAUAACUUCUAGCUAGCGGAUUUAUUUCUCAAAACCAACCUUCCGCCGAUGAACUAAUUCAAGAGCACUAAGUUCCUAGCGCUUCCCUGACCAGAG